AUGGGUGUUACCAAGCAGAUCAUCAAGCAGGGCGACGGCCAGAACUUCCCCAAGAACGGCGACAACGUCUCCAUGGAGUACACUGGCUGGCUCUCGGAGAACGGCUCCAAGGGCAAGCAAGUCAUCAAGGGCUGGGACCACGGUAUCGUCGAGCAGGACGGUGGCAUGUCCCUCGGCGAGAAGGCCACUCUUACCAUCACCCCCGACUUCGGUUACGGUGCUCGUGGUUUCCCUGGUGCCAUCCCCCAGAACGCCACCCUCAUCUUCGAUGUUGAGCUUAAGGCCAUCAACAACAAGAGAGCUUAA